UAUAUUUGGCUCCCUUCUGCCAUGACUAGUCGCAAAAUAUUGUUUCUCUAGCCUAUCAUUAUUUUUUAGGACAAGGUGAGAAAUAUUGGUCAGCAGCACAGAUUGUUUUUUUGUUUUUUUCUAAUUGAAAAACGGAGUGCGCGCGUAUGAACGCGCGUGUAUGUGGUGAAGAUGUUUUGCGAAACUUUUUUAAGGAUGAUAUACCUUGGAUGUUUCCUGUUUCUUUGUGGGUUUACGCAUGCCAUACCAAGUUAUCCUAUCUGGUGGUCCCUAGCGGUGGGCCACCAGUACUCGUCCCUGGGCUCCCAGCCCAUCCUGUGUGGCUCCAUCCCUGGCCUGGUGCCCAAACAGCUGCGAUUCUGCCGAAAUUACGUGGAGAUCAUGCCUAGUGUGGCCGAGGGGGUGAAGAUCGGCAUUCAGGAGUGCCAGCACCAAUUCAGGGGCCGCCGCUGGAACUGUACCACCAUCAACGACAAGGCCAUCUUUGGACCAGUGCUUGACAAAGCCACCCGGGAGUCAGCAUUCGUUCAUGCCAUUGCCUCAGCGGGGGUGGCGUUCGCAGUGACGCGGUCCUGCGCCGAGGGCUCAGCCACCAUCUGUGGCUGUGACACACGCCACAAGGGCACACCUGGCGAGGGCUGGAAGUGGGGCGGAUGCAGCGAGGAUGUGGAUUUCGGAAGCAUGGUGUCCCGGGAGUUUGCAGACGCCCGUGAGAACCGGCCCGAUGCGCGCUCCGCCAUGAACCGCCAAAACAACGAGGCGGGACGAACGUCUCUGAACGACAACAUGUUCCUGAAGUGUAAGUGCCAUGGCUUGUCAGGCAGCUGUGAGGUGAAGACGUGCUGGUGGUCCCAGCCUGACUUCAGAGUUAUCGGAGACUACAUGAAGGACAAGUACGACAGCGCAUCAGAGAUGGUGGUGGAGAAGCACAAGGAGUCCCGCGGCUGGGUGGAGACUUUGAGACCCAAGUUCACCUUCUUCAAACCGCCCACGGAGCGAGACCUGGUCUACUACGAGAGCUCGCCCAACUUCUGCGAGCCCAACCCAGAGACAGGCUCUUUUGGGACGCGCGACCGUGCCUGUAACCUGACAUCACACGGCAUCGACGGCUGCGACCUGCUUUGCUGCGGCCGGGGACACAACACCCGGACGGAGGAACGGAAGGAGAAGUGCCACUGCAUCUUCCACUGGUGCUGCUACGUCAGCUGCCAAGAGUGUGUUCGAGUCUAUGAUGUUCACACCUGCAAAUAGAUAGGGCCUUUGGGACCGCUCUUUCUGCACCUCACCAAAUGUAUUUUUUUUUAAAUACUUCAACGUAUAAAAGAGGAAGCUACUGUACGAGCCAGGCUCAGAGAACUUGAGAGGCUUUGAUUGGACUUUGAUCAAGCAUUAGUUGACUUGUCUGUGGAUUCAGCUACAGUACACUCACCUAAUAGGCAACCAAGAUGGCGGCCUGUCAUGUGAUGCUGUGGUGUCAGCCGCUCUUAGAAUACUGAGGUAGUUCUAGAAUACAGAGGUGGACUCAUGGAGGCUCUAUUCAGAAAAUCAACAUGGUUAUGUUGAUGUUGAUGACCACCAUCUCAUCGAUAUGUUGAUGACCACCAUUUCAUCGAUAGAGGCAAAAGAGGAGACCAUUACAGAGUGAACUAUGAGUAGCCAAGGAGUGACUUUCAGUGACUUCCAGAAAGGUGUUUCAAGGCCUUGGUUUCCUUCCUGACACAACAAAAGAAAACUGUAGGUUGUAUAUGGCUACAUAAACUGUACUGUUGACAAGCACCAUGUUGGUGAAAAGUCUGUAUUCUCUAUGUAGACUCCUUCAUGUAUAGCAGAACAGCACUGUCUAAACCUUUAGGACACCAUACAAUCUAUUUUUCUAAAUAUUAAGUGGCACUCUGCUCUGCUUAUGAGUUUUAUAUAUCUACAAAAAAAGAACAGCAUUUCUGAGCUAUGUUCACAACUUUGUAUGACCAUGGUGCACUCAAAAGCACACAUUCUACUCGAUAUUUGCAGUAUGUAAGUGGUAACUAACUUUUCAACUGUUUUAUGAUACAUAUAGUGUUAACAUGUUACUAAUGUUGGGAUUAGAAUGCACUUGCACCUAAGUGAAUGUAGUUUUUACAUUUCUGUGUUCAUGUAUUCUCAAAUCCUGUCUUUUUUAGUCUGUGGUAUGAAGUAGGAUUACUCUGAUCACAAAAAGCACAUGAGCACAAAUCAACCAAAUCAAACAGGUUUGAAAAUAAUUUAUGUUUAUCCCUAUACAAUCUUCUAUCAAUGUCUCAUUGGGAACCCUGCUACAACUGCAAGCUCUUUGAAGAAAGUUUCCAAGAGUUGGCCAUAGAACGAUAGAUGAUAAAAAACAAAGUUUAGCCCAAAGACAAAUUACUUUCAGCUGGAGGAGGAUGAGGUGGUCAGAGAGUCUAAAGUGAGUUUGAAAGUUCAGCACUUGUGUCUAAUUGAAGAGAAUAAAGCUUGUUCUACUC